AUGGUGCGUUCCAUGCUGCUGCGUGGCUUCGACCGUGAGUGUGUGGACAAGAUCGACCUGUACAUGCAGAAGGUUGGAGUGAAGUUCAUCCGCGGCACGGUGCCGGACAGAUUCGAGAAGGGUACCACGAAGAAGGUGAAAGCCAUUUGGAAGCAGGGAGACCAGGAGUUUAGCGACGAGUUCGACACGGUCCUCCUGGCCAUUGGCCGCACCGGUGAGGGGGCGAAGCUGGGACUUGAGAAUGCUGGCGUGUACUACAGCCCCAAGACCGGCAAGGUUGCGGCACCCGCAGAGGCGACCAACGUGCCCAACAUCUACUGCAUUGGCGAUCUCGUCGAGAACAGGCCAGAGCUGACGCCCGUGGCCAAGGUGGCCGGAAAGAAGGUUGUGCACCGACUCUUCAAGGGCGACCAGGAGGCUAUGAACUAUCGCCUGAUCGCGACGACGGUCUUCACGCCUCUGGAAUAUGGCAUGUGCGGCCUCAACGAGGAGCAGUGCAAGGAGAAGUACGGGGAGGACGGCUACACCUCCUACACGAAGGAGCGAAACGGUUCUGAGUGUGCUUUGCUCAUGCUCGGCCAAGAGCGUGCGCACAGUUCACGUUAA